UAAAAUAAUAAUUUCAUAUUUAAAAGCUUAUAUUAAACAAUAAUGUGUGAAAAAUUCAAAGAUGGAGAAUUACUUAUACGCGAUGCCACUGAGCACGAUAUGCCUGCGGUAAUCGAUAUGAUUCAGGAGCUAGCUGAGUUUGAAAAGAUGCCCAAUGGUCCAAAACUGACUGUUGCAGAUCUCAAACGUGAUGGAUUUGAACUUCAACCGCCGGCCUUCAAGUGCAAGGUAGCUGAGAUACAGUCCCCGUGUGAAGUAAUAGGCUACGCUUUGUAUUUCCCUACAUACUCCACAUGGGAAGGCAAGGCUGUCAUGCUGGAAGAUCUCUAUGUUUGCCAGAAGUACCGCCGGCGUGGUGUGGGCAAUGCACUCUUCACUGCCACUGUAUUGGAAGCUGUAAAGAUGGGCUGCAAUCGGGUAGAUUUCCAUGUGCUAGCGUGGAAUCAAGCUCGCAAGUUCUAUGAGUCAAUUGGUGCAAAGAAUCUAACAGAAAGUGAGCAGUGGUGUUACUAUCGUCUGUCCGGGGAUGCCCUCGCAUUGGCCGCCAGUAAAACAAAGCUGCACAGUGCUUAGAUAUGUAUUUUAUAUUACUACAUAACUUUGUACAAAUUCCUAUUACAUAACUAGAGAGACAACAAAGAUUCAACAUACAAUUAACUUUCGUAAAAUUGUCAACGGUUUGUGAACAUAUUGAAA